CACGCUCACUCUCUCUCUCUCUCUCUCUCUCUCUCUCUCCCUCUCUCUCCCUCUCUCUCUCGGUCCCACUUCACUUCACCGCCAGUCGUCCAAGUCGUCGGGAGGCGCCGGUGGAUAAGCUGGAGAGGCCAACGGUGUGAACAGUGCUGGAAUGCAACAGGAUUACCAUCUGACCUUAACUCCGACCGUCAGAUCACACGUUUUCUGCCACACUACGAUGCCUUUGAGGUUGUAAUGUCUUCGCUGAAGCACGUUAUCCUACAGGAGAAGGACCAGGAUGCUGAGAAGAAGCUGGACUGGAGUUACAUCGAGUGGGUUGAAAAUGUUGUCACCACAGGUGUGGCGAAUGCACAGACCCAAACAGACUGGGGGCCUUUUCAGCACAAGGAGUGCCAGACCAGCAGCCCGAUCAUAAUGCACAUAGAUCUCACACGGACACACUCCAAGCUGAGACAUUCUUCCCUGGGGGACACUGACGGCCUGGUGGCGCCUUUCAUCCAGUUUGACCGGCAGGCCCCAGCCCGCAUCUCCACGUCUCCCACCUUGAGGAGGAUGAGGAGCACCAGACGUCCUCUGAUGGAUUCCCGGGAUCCUGUCAUGAUGGAGAUCACUCAGGAGGAGCCUUCCUCAGGGAGCACACCGCCCCCCAUAAAGCCCCUGUCCCCAGUACACAGAGUCAAGUCUCCUCUUGCAGCAAGCCCCCUCUCCGAUGGAGAGAUCUGGCCCGAUGCUCAGCCCUUUUCACUCUCCGGCCGCCAGAGAACCCGAUCGCAUAGAUCAAAGACAUUUGACAACGGUAUCAAUUCCACGGGACAAGAAUGUCACAGUGCUCAUCCUACGCUCAUUAAAGAUUUUGGAUUUCCAGAUAGUGGAGUACAGGAGAAAGAGCAUUGCCAUAAUAGGCUUCACGAAAGGAGACGGAGCUCCGUGGUGGUCAGCUUGCCCGGAUUGGACGUUUCACCAGGAGACCUUUUUGUAUCCAAUGGAGCAGCUGACAUAUUAAACGGUUCAAACUUCUCUGAUACUAAGAAGUCCAAGUGGCCCUUCUCAAGGCGUAGUACGACUAAAGGGAAGACACAGACAGGCACAGCAUCAGAUAUUGAAAAAUAUCUCUCGUCAUCAAAGAUUCAAGACUGGAGAGACCCUGACCUUCAGAGGUAUAAGGACUACUCUCUGGCGGAGUUCCUGCGGGACCAGUCUUCCCAGGUUACCGCCGCCUCUGACCCUCAUGGCUUCAAGAGGCAAGAGGCCAUCUGGGAGCUGUUCACCAGCGAGUGCGUUUAUUUCCUGGAUCAGCUAAUGGUUCUCAAAGAGGUGUUUUUGGCUACACUCACAAACCUGCAGAUGAGGAACUGCCUGGCUGAUGUCGACUCAUGGAGGCUCUUUGCGAACCUCAAUGAGCUUUGCCUGGUGAGCUCUGGUUUCCUGAACAACCUCCUCCGCGUCAUCAAGGACACGUUGGAGAUUACGGAGGAUGGCGGGCCCGCCCUGCUGGAGCUGCUGAGCAAAGCUUUCCAGGAGAGCUUAUGUCACUGCUUGCAGACGUACUGCCUUAACUACUCCACAGCUCUGCUUUAUCUGGACAGCCUGAAGCCCAGAGAGGACUUUGGAUCUUACGUGAAGUGGUGUGAGAGGAACGAACAGUGCCGAAGGCUGCAGCUGCGUGACCUGUUGGUGGCGCCGCUGCAGAGGCUCACUCGAUACCCUCUGUUGUUGCGGAAUAUUGCGAAGAGAUGCCAGAGGGAGGACGAGGCCGGAGGCCUGCAGGUUAUAACGGAGCAAGUGGACACAUCGAUAUGUGAUUUAGAGGGAAAGGUGAAAUGGCUGGAUAACUACCAGAAGGUGAAACAGUUGAGAGAUGCCGUGGUGUGGCUGCCUGUAUGGGAGAGAGACAAGCGGGCCUUCAUCCCUGAGAAUCUGAAACAUCUCUUAAAGGCUGUCACUCUGGAGAAUCUCAUUUCUCACAGAAGUCUGCUGCAUGAAGGGAAAGUGGUGCUCACAGAGAACACCAAGCUGAUCGAUGUUUAUCUGUUCCUGUUUGAUGAAUUCCUGCUGAUCACAAAGAUAAAGAGAAACAAGAAGCGGCCUAUUGGUCCAGAACAAAAUCCUCUCAGGAUGCCACAGAACCAGGAGCUGGAUCAGCGCCUGAAGGAGGGAUGCACCUUCACGGUUCUGGACCAACCCGUCUCUCUGGACCGACUACAGCUCAAGAACAUCGAUCAGCUCAAUGCUUCGGCAUCGGGGCUGCCUCAUUCGUUUAUAAUCAUGCACCAGAACCGCUACCAGCAGUGCAUCGGUGCAUUCAUCCUGCAAGCUGCGUCAGAGUCUGCCAAGAGAGUGUGGAUGUCAAAGAUAGAGGGUGCUGUCACGGCGCUGCUGAAGCUGGUCUCUCAGCAGCCUGCAGUCAAGAGCUCCUCCCUGUGGCUGGAGUCUUCACAGAUAUGAGGAGAAACAGCACUCUGUAUACGUGCACUUCACUGUCUCCUGACGCCUUGUAAAUACCUGUACUAGUACUAGGACCAUUUUGUAAGUUAAUGUUUGCCUAUAAAAAGGCAGCUGCUGCAGUAGUGUUCAAUAAAGCUCAUUUAG